AUGUCUAAUAUUGUUAUAGUUUUUGAUUUUGACAAAACUAUCAUUGAUUGUGAUAGUGAUAAUUGGGUUAUCGAUGAAUUAGGUUUCACCGAUUCGUUCAAUCACAUUCUUCCCACAAUGCCUUGGAAUUCAGUCAUGGACAUGAUGAUGAUGGAGCUUCAUUCAAAUGGCAUUACCAUUGAAGAGAUUGAAAAGGUUCUUCAUAGGAUUCCAAUUCAUCACAGAAUAAUACCUGCUAUUAAAUCCGCACAUGCUUCCGGAUGUGAUUUAAGGAUUGUGAGUGAUGCAAAUAUGUUCUUCAUUGAAACUAUUUUGAAGCAUUUGGGAAUAAGUGAAUGCUUCACAGAGAUUAACACUAAUCCAGGUUAUGUUAAUCAACAAGGAAGAUUAACAAUUUUGCCAUAUCAUGAUUUCAACAAGGCUUCACAUGGUUGUCCUAAUCCCUGCCCUCCAAACAUGUGCAAGGGUUUAGUCAUUGAUAGAAUUCAAAACACAAUUAGUGAAGUGGAUAACAAGAGGUUCAUCUACCUUGGUGAUGGUGCUGGUGAUUACUGUCCUAGCUUGAGAUUUAGAGACAUGGACUUUGUGAUGCCUAGGAAGAAUUUUCCAGUUUGGGAUUUGAUAUGCAAAGAUCCUUCACUUGUUAAGGCCGAAAUUAAUGGUUGGUGUGAUGGAGAAGAGUUUGAACAAGUUUUGGUGAAGUUGAUCAAUAACAUUAUGAUUGAAGAAAAUGCUAAAUUCAUUUCAAGUGAUUGCAAGCUACAAUCUCUUUCAACUCCUGUGUUUGAAACCUUGCCUAAACCUCUAUCAGUUAGACCAUAG